AGCUUGGUAAAAUCCAGAAGGGAAAAGUGAAAAAUUGGUAAACAAAUUGAAGGAAAAUGAAAAUUUUAACCGACUUUUAAAAUAGGAAACGAAGUGCUGAGCUUUAAAAAUAGCGAGUAAUACGUACGAUUAAAUUCGGCCACGAAGAAUGGCAUCGAACAGCGAUUCAAUGAUGCCUCAAUUACAUUAUUUCGAUCAAAAAAUGCAUCCAAGUAUUAUGUCGGUAAAUCAAAACACUCCAGGAACACCAAAUCCCAUGACUCCGAUGACGCCGGCGUCAUCUGAUCCGACUUUGAUGCCGCAACUUCAGAAUAUUGUAUCUACGGUAAAUUUAAGCUGCAAAUUAGAUUUGAAAAAAAUAGCUCUACAUGCCAGAAACGCUGAAUAUAAUCCUAAACGUUUCGCUGCUGUAAUUAUGAGAAUACGUGAACCUAGAACAACAGCUUUAAUUUUCAGUUCCGGUAAAAUGGUUUGUACCGGUGCUAAGAGCGAAGAGGAUUCGAGACUGGCAGCUAGAAAAUAUGCUCGUAUUAUUCAAAAGCUGGGAUUCCCAGCUAAAUUUUUAGAUUUCAAGAUUCAAAAUAUGGUCGGUAGCUGUGAUGUGAAAUUCCCUAUUCGAUUAGAAGGUUUAGUUUUAACUCAUGCUCAGUUUAGCAGUUAUGAACCGGAGUUGUUUCCUGGGUUAAUAUACAGAAUGGUGAAGCCUCGAAUUGUACUACUGAUUUUCGUUUCUGGAAAAGUCGUGUUAACAGGAGCCAAGAUAAGACAAGAGAUAUACGAUGCUUAUGAAAAUAUUUAUCCUAUCCUGAAAAGUUUCAAGAAAAAUGGCUAAGUUAGACUGAUUUCCUUCUCAUUGAUUUUAAUAUGUAUUUUUGUUUAUUUUAUUAUGAAUUUGUAAAUAAUGUGUUUAUGCUCAUUGCUCACCUUGUUAAAUGUUUUCAGUUUUAUUUUUAUUCACUUUAUCCAUUGAGUGGAAAGUGGAGCAUGAGCAUUGUAAUUUUUAUUCAUACUAGUUGGUAUAAUUUUUAUUUUAAGCAGAAUGUUCUAUUAUAAAAGCUGAUGAUGCAUUUUUGUGAUCAUUCUAAAUUGUAUAUUUCUAUACCAGCGUGAAUACUGUAUCAGUAUGUCGUGGUCGAAUUGUUAAUUGUUUUUAAAUGAAAAGUUUUUUUCAAUGAA